AUGUACACAUAUUACAAAGGAUAUUUUGAAAGUCAGGGGAAGGAAAUACCUUCUAUCUUUGUUGAUUUCUUAGCAGCUGGAGGUUAGCUUGUGGUUAGUGAUCCCGAUAUACUAUAAGAAUUAUUUGUAACUAAGUCUAAGUUUGUUGACAAGUAACAUCGAGCAAGGACUAUAAUGGAAAAAUUGAUUGGAAGGUCAAUCCUGCUUGAGAAAUCUACAGAAGAGCAGUCAAUGAAACGCAAAAGACUAUCAGCAGCAUUCUAUAAAGACAAGAUGACACAAAUACUCUAGAUUCUUGUUAAAAAGACCUAUGAUUGGACUCAAAAAUUAAAAUAAGAUAUUAAGGAUGGAAAAUCAGAGAAAGAGUUAAAUAAGCUUGUUAAUGAUCAUGUUACAAGUUGCAUUAUGACGAGUGUAUUCGGAGAAACCUAACUCAAACAAUCCUUACAAUUUCAAACUGGUAAUGGAGAAGAGGAGUUAUCCCUUGGCAUUUGUGUAGGAAAGCUAUUUUUCAAAAUGAUCAGGAAAUAGAUUACACCUCUCAGAUAGCUGACUUAGCUAUUUGAUAGAUAUUAUAUUGGAAAAGAAGAGUAAGAUCUUUUAAAGAAUCUUCAAAACUACAGAGUUUUCUUGCAAAAGCUAAUUGAAGAGAGAAAAGAGCAGAUGAAAGACCCUAACCAUUAUAGUGCUGAUUUCCUUACACUAUUAUUGAGUGACGACCUUUACUAAUAAGAUGACGAAUUGAUGAAAGAUGAGAUUAGUACAUUUAUGCUGGCAUCUACUUAGACAACUGCAACUUUAAUUACUAAUACUUUGUACUACUAUGAGUAGCUUCCAGAUGUCAAAGUGAAAUUAAGAAAUGAGUUAAGCAAAGUAUUCACGUCAAAUGAUCAAGAUUUAAUAAAUAUUGAAAAUAUCAAUAUCUCAGUAGAGCAAUGGAUUGAUAAACUUGGAUAUGAUCAGCUCUAAGAAGGUUGGAAAUAUUUAUAUCUAGUAAUACAAGAAUCUUUAAGAAUAGAGCCCCCAGUCAGAUCUUCAGUCCCAAUGUAAUUGAGAGAAAGCAUGAAUAUCUGUGGCUACAAUAUUGACACAGAGACUCCCAUCCUUGUUCAUUUAUUCUUGCUUCACAGAAAUCCAAAAGAGUGGUAGAAUCCAGAUAAAUUUAUACCUGAAAGAUUCGAUCCUUAAAGUACAUUUUAUCUGACUCCAGAUGGUCGUAAAAGGAAAUCUCAUAGUUUUGCACCCUUCUUAGGUGGAAGAAGAAUAUGCUUGGGGAAGACAUUUGCUGAAAAUAUAGCUAAGUUAGUUAUUCCAAUCUUUAUUUCAGAAUUGGAAUUCAAAUUUAAGAAAGAAGAACAUUAUAAAAGAAAACCACCUAAAAGUUUAUCUACAGAAAUUAAUGUUCCAAUCAUCUUGUCUGCUGUUAAAGGGAAGUGA